CUCGCAGUGCCGUCAGAGACUGGUAAGAGAUGUGGCGGCUACAGCGGCAUCCUCUGCAGGUGUGCGUCUGGCGGUGGGCGGCGACGACGGCGGCGUGUCUGCUGGUGGCGCUGCAAGCGGAGGAGGCGGAGGCGAGGGCCACCAAGCGCAGCGUCACCGACACCUCCGUCAUGGGCUACCUCACAGAGCGGACGUGCUGGUGGAACGAGAUCUGCAAGGAGGAGUUCCAGACGCUGUUCCGCUGCAAGUGCCCCGUGUGGUCGUUCUGCCGCAGCCCGGGCCGCUACUACAACGCCUUCUGCACGAUGACGGGCACCGGCUACAUCUGGACGCAGCCCGAGCCGUCGUGGGGCCGCCGCCAGAGCGCGCCCGGCGCAGACUUCGACGCCGCCGAAGGCGGCGACCCGCAGCAGCGCGCCAGGUGCCCACCCACACCUCACCACUCGUCCCCCUCAGUCACCUUACCCACAGCCCUGUGUAGUGCUGGGAAACACGGCCAAGUUGCCGGAGGUCGCCGAACUGGGCGUACCACGAUGCUGCUCAUGCAGGGCGCUCACUAA